AUUUUGCGCCGAGCCAAAACGCACAAACGCGCGCCAUCGGUGCUCGUUAGACACUCAAGUGGUAGCAUAUUACUUUUUCAAACUUGCCCGGACCGCGCGCCAGGCGCCGAAGAGCUCUAAGCGACCCUACAGCCGAUAGCGCUGCGCUGCUCCAAAACACGCCGCCGCAGCGGUCAUCACGCCGCCGCAGAAAUAACAACAAACAAUGCAGGCCGCGACGCUCGUCGCGCUGCUCAUUCCCGUCGUCGCCAUCUGGAUCACGGUCGUGGUGCGCUACGGCCGGUCCAUCGAAGAGAUAGUGGUCGCAACAGUCGAGAAGGAGCAAUGAGGCGCGUCCUCGUUGUAGCCGCGACGGCGGCAGCUAUUCGACUCGGCCGGCCGACGGCGCCGCGGACCUUUUUAAGAAGGCAGGGGCAGUGCACGCGGCGCCAGAAGGCCGCGCUCCGCGAUUUGUGGCCGCGCUACGGCGUCGACGUGGCCUGGAACGAGACAUUGACCUUCGAAGGUGCCGGGCCUUGUGUCCUUGAUGUUGGGUUUGGCCACGGCGAGAGUCUCGCCAGCAUGGCCGCGGCGCGACCAGACACGCGAUUCAUCGGGGUAGAAGUGCACAGGCCGGGAGUGGCGGCAACGUUGCUGCGUCUGGCCGAGGCCGACGCCAAAAACGUCAAGAUCUGCCGCAUGGACGCCGUCGCCCUCCUGGAGGCGCAUGUAGAACCAGAACCGUGUUUCGACGAGGUCUGCGUCUUCUUCCCGGACCCGUGGACGAAGAGCGGCUCGAACAAAGACGCGCCCGCGACGGGUGGCUCCGGUAAGGACGAGCAUCGCCGCAUAAUACGGCCGCACACGCUGGACUUGCUCAGCGCGCGCCUGCGACCCGGCGGGUUCUUGCAUGUCGCCACUGAUGUCGACGAGUACGCGGAGCACGUCCGAAAUGUAGUCGCUUCCGACGCGCGAUGGAUGUGCUCCGUCGACGUCGACGCGCGGCCCUCGUGGAGGCCGGAGACCAUGUACGAGCGCCGCGGCCUUGACCGCGGGCGGACGAUCACGGACUUGUCGUUCGUGCUUCGAGAGCCUAAGUAGUGAU